AAUCUCAAAUCCAUGGAUUAUUCUAUUGACUACAGGGCUGUAGCACAGGGAAGAUCCAACAGAUGAACGUCUUCGCGUGUAGCUCUGUCGUGCAAAACCUUCGAACCAUAUAAAACCCUAGUAUAUCUAUCUUUUGAGCUUUUCUUCUCUGUCGGCGUAGCUCUGGUGGAAUUUCGGUAUUAAGAAUCAACUUAAAGAUGGAACAAUCUUGGCGCUUCAGACCUAUGCUAGGUAACAUCUGCCCUACCUGUUCUAUUUCUCAUUACCCUUUUUGUUCCCGACCUCCUGCAUUCGAUCGGAACGGCUUUGGAGGCGAUGAUUUCCGUCGGUUCCCGUUAGAAAACGAUCAAUCGUUUCAUAGGCCAUUUAUUGAUCCGUUCUUGGAUAAUCGGAUGGUUCCACCCAUGCACCGUUCUCUGUCACAUAUGGACAGUCGGCUUAAUUCGACGGGGCCGGUUGGCGUGAACCCAAGUGAUGGAUACGGUAGUCCUCAAUCUUGGUAUAGGAAUCAGGAUUUGGAGAGAUAUUCCGUUCGGCCGUUUAUACGAUCGUCACAGAUAACAGAUUCUGCUAUCAAUGGCGGUAAUCUUAGAGAUGAUUUUCAGCAUGGGCGUUUUGAUCACAGUGACAAUGUAUAUAUGGGAGGAGAGUUCCUUGAGAAGGAUAGAAUUCAUAAGAGGAUGAGGGUCGAUGGGAUGGGUAACGGUUCUUCUACGCAAAUUCUUCCGCCAUACCGCCAUGAUUACUACUCAAAUUUGACCAGAACAUCGGCAGAGGAUGAACGGAGAUUGAGUUUAAUUCGUGAUCAUGGUAUUACACCCAAUGUUCCAACGUCGUUAAGCGGGUUUGAUUCGUCGUUUGAAACGGGCUCCGAUUUUGCUAGCAGACCAAGUGGAUAUUUAUACGAAAGCUCACUUCGUGAGAGUAGCCGUAGUGGCGUUGAUGUUCCACAUGCUAAUUUUGACAUUCAUUCUAAGUUCCCAAAUGACGCAAGGACAAACAAUCCUUACGAUUCUGGGUUUGUUUCUGCUGAUAGAAAGGGUUUAGUUAUGCAUCCUGAGCGUGCAUAUGAUAUAUCGGGACAUUUCAUCCGUGAUAACGAUGAAAAGAAAGAGCUGUCGAGCGAGGAACAUGGCUCAGGCACCAGGCCACAACAGUUGCGAAGUAAAGGAAAUGGUUUUAUUUCAGAAAUUGACCAUGAUUUGUCCCAAAACGUGGAAAGUGGUGGGAAGGAUGCAUUCAAUGGUAUGCAAAAUGAACAACGGAUGCAGUCUCAUUAUGGUCAAAUGGAAAAUUCUGCAAAUCGUUUCUUGCAGAAUUAUGGACCAAGUAAUGUCCCGCCUGUCACUCCUAACUACUAUGACCUUGGCAGACAAAAUCAGGAGCCGUCAACCCUUAACCGUGAAGAGGUGUAUCGUUAUAGUUCUGACGAUAUGCUAUACCCCUUUCCUGUGGGUUCUAAUGAAAGAUACCAUACACAUGAUCAACAUCUUCGGUCAGAAGAUUUUAUGCCUGCAAAGGGACCCCAUUAUAAUCACACAUCUGACUGGCAGAUGUCUUCCGGUUCAAACAUGUUGCACCAUGAACAGGAUUCUAAUCUCUCGACAGGGAAUGCUCAGCUCCCCCAGCCAUAUCCAUUGCGGCGUCCAGUUGGAAGCAUGCAUGAUCAUCAUUCCUAUGGCCAGAAGGUUGAUGCUCGACAGUCCUUUGAAGUUAAACCUCCACCAUUGGCAGAUGUUCGUGUGCCAGUUGGGACUGAAAAUUUCUCUGCAUCCACAAUGAACAAUCGAGGAUAUUACUUACCCAUAUCCGCUGAGAACAGUAUGCUGGUGCAGGAUUCUCAGACAUUUGGACAGCAACCUCCUCUUCCUCCCGUGCCUCCACCACCUCCUCCAGUGGAUCCACCAAGGCCACCUCCUGUACAUUCCCAGCCUUCAACUUCACCUACUGGAUCAUCUUCUUUACUGCGUGCAAUACCUUCUAAUUCUUCGAUCAGCUUGCCCUUGGCACAUCAACCGGCUCAUGAAAUGCAGCCAUCUCUACAGGCCUAUUUCCACAGUAAGCAACAUAUGCAUGGUUCAACUGGUUUUGUUACAGAAGGAUCACAAAUCAUCCACCAGACAUCAUCUAAACAAUAUUCAGACGAAGGGAAACCUUUUCCAGUGAAGCAUCCAUCGCCAGAUAGGGUGAAGGUUAUUGAUGCUUCUCACUUAUUUAGGCAUCCACAUAGAGCUACUCGUCCCGAUCAUUUUGUGAUCAUCCUUCGAGGCCUUCCAGGUAGUGGUAAAAGCUAUUUGGCAAAGAUGUUGCGUGAUCUUGAGGUUGAAAAUGGCGGUGAUGCACCCCGGAUUCAUUCGAUGGAUGACUACUUCAUGACUGAAGUUGAAAAAGUUGAGGAGAGUGAGAGUGCUAACUCUUCUAGUUCGGCCAAAGGCAAGAAACGAAUUACAAAGAAGGUGAUGGAGUACUGCUAUGAACCUGAAAUGGAAGAGGCUUAUCGGUCAAGCAUGUUGAAAGCAUUCAAGAAGACCCUUGAGGAGGGGAAUUUCUCCUUUAUAAUUGUGGAUGACCGCAAUCUGCGGGUAGCUGAUUUUGCUCAGUUUUGGGCAACUGCAAAGAGGUCAGGCUAUGAAGUGUUCCUGCUAGAUGCUCCAUACAAGGACCCUAUGGGUUGUGGUGCAAGGAAUGUGCAUGGUUUCACAUCAGAUGACAUACAAAAAAUGGCAGAUCAGUGGGAAGAAGCUCCACCAUUAUACUUGCGGGUAGACAUUCAGUCGCUGUUCCAUGGAGAUAAUCUGAACAAGUGUGAGAUCCAGGAGGUGGACAUGGAUAUGGAAGAAUUGGCUUGCGAGGAAGGUCUAUCCGGGUUGCAAGAUGGAAAAUCUGAGAAGAUGCUACAACCACAUGGAGUAGACACUGCUCUUGAUGGUUAUUCAAAGGAUGAAGAGAGAUGGGAUACUGAAGGUGAUGAUUUGGCUGAAGUAAAAGAACUGCGAAGGAGUAAAUGGUCACAUGAUGUGGAUGAGGAGGAAAUUGAAAAAACUGAAGGUGCUAAAGGAAAUUUUAGUGCUCUUUCGGGCUUAAUUCAAGCAUAUGGCAAGGGAGACAAAUCUGUUCAUUGGGGUGACCAGGCUGGCAAGACUGGUUUCUCAAUUGGUGCAGCCAAAAGGCCGAAUGCCUUGUCUUUAGUAAUUGGGCCUGGUUCGGGCUACAACUUGAAGUCUAACCCAUUACCUGAAGAGGAGAUUGUCAGUUCAACUGAGACGAGUGGAGAGCAAAGGCGGUGUGUCUUCCAAGAGCAACUUCGUGCAGAACGUGAAUCCUUCCGAGCAGUAUUUGACAGAAGACGCCAGCGGAUCAGUGUGUUAGAGAUGGAAGAUGAAUAGUAGUAAUAACGAUA